GGAAGCAGUAAAAGUUUACAAAACCCUAACUGACGCCUGACUAUAUAUAUUGCCUAUCAACUCCAUUUGCAAUGCCGUCAUUGUGCGAAAGAAGAACCCUAGAAAAAACUCAGAAGGAUCGAAGAUGCAGAUCUUCGUGAAAACUCUAACUGGUAAGACUAUCACCCUUGAGGUUGAAAGCAGCGACACAAUUGACAAUGUCAAAACUAAGAUCCAAGACAAAGAAGGAAUUCCACCAGACCAGCAACGUUUGAUCUUCGCUGGAAAACAGCUUGAAGAUGGCCGUACUCUAGCUGAUUACAACAUUCAGAAAGAAUCAACUCUUCAUUUGGUGUUGAGGCUUAGAGGAGGAAUUAUUGAGCCUUCAUUGAUGGCUUUGGCCCGUAAAUUCAACCAAGACAAGAUGAUUUGCCGCAAGUGCUAUGCUCGUUUACACCCCAGGGCUGUGAAUUGCCGUAAGAAGAAGUGUGGUCACAGUAACCAGCUGAGGCCUAAGAAGAAGAUCAAGUAAGCUUGUGCAAAUUUCUGUAUCAUCAUUCGAUGUGGCUCUCAUGAUGGUUUCCAAGUAUUUUCUAGGUUAUAUCUUGUUGUACCUCGAUCUAUUGAGUAGAAUUCUGUUUGUACUACCUUAAUAUUCACAUGUUGGAGAACUACCGAUAAUGUUAAGUCAUAGGAUGUGAUACUCUGUUGUAUGUUGUUUUAAUGUUGUGCCUUGAGAAUGACUGAUUGUAUUUGUGUUUUUGUACUCAAACCAUUUUGAAUUUUGAUGAUAUUUAGUGACCUUUUUGGUUGUUGGA